UCUGUCCCCUCUCUGUGAUCCCCCCUCUCACGAACUGGCAGCUGGUGAUCCCUACCCUGAUCAUCAUGGUCAUCAAACUGCUCCUGAUGACCCUAGUCCUCCUCUACCUCCUCUACCGCGUUCCCUGGUGCCAGUCGGGCUGGGACCAGGACCAAGGGAGGUGCUACCUUUUCUCCAGGGCUAACCAGACCUGGGAGGCAGCGAGAAACUCCUGCUUAGCCCAGAAUGCUGAUCUGGUGGUGAUCAACGACCAAAUGGAGCAGAAUUACUUAGCUAUUAAAGCUCAUUCUAUUCGUCACUGGAUUGGCUUCACCGACCAAGGGACUGAAGGCAUCUGGCGCUGGGUGGACAACACUUCUGCGGUAUUUGCGAACUGGAAUGAAGGGGAGCCCAAUAACCUGUUAACAAGCAAAAAUGGUGAUGAGAACUGUGCCCACCUGUUGAACAACGGCCUGUGGAAUGAUGGACCCUGUAGUUUCACUUACAGGUGGAUCUGUGAAAGGGCCGCCACUGUAUAAACAGUCCUUUCUCCCCCCGCUCUGAACACAGGCUGAAAUUCAUCCCUCCGCCAGGAGGCCUGAGCACAGCUCAAGGCCUGUGCAUCAGCUCGUUGUGCUCUUAUGCUGACCCGUUGCCCAGGGCUGAAUCUCACACACAUCCUAACUCUGCCUGAGGUAUCCUGGCUUCUCUCCCCAUUUGUUGCUCCCAGUGAAAACACCUUCCCCCUGCAUUUCCCGGUGCCUGGGACGGGC